AUAAAAUACGAUGGUGGUAGGGAACAAAUGAUUAAAGUACCGUGGUGCGGUUGGUAAUAAACUGAGGAAGAUAUCUAUAUCUAGCACUGAAAUAUUCUAUUUGGUAUACCCAAGUAUUUCAUUUUAGAUAAAAUGGCAUCACCAGGAAACAAACCUUCGGCUAUCUCUCACGGCGAAAUGAAGAACUUUGCCUUUGGUUUUCGGGCCAUGAGGAAAAAACCGGAGAUUAUACCCCUAAUUGCAAUCAUGACAACUGCAUGCGUAGGUGUGGCGGCCUACUGUGUAUAUGCUUUAGUACACAAGAGUGAUGUAAUGAUUGACCGAAGGAGGCAACAACCACCGUGGGAAAGAGUUAACCCUGAAACACCUCAGAAGCUCUUUACAGUGAAUCAAGAAUACAAGAAAAUACCAGAACUGGAAUCCCUGAAGAAGGAUCUUGGAAGUAGUUAAAUUAGAUUUAGUGAUAAAUUAAUAUAACGUGUACUUAGACCAUCUUAUUUUUAUUAGAGCACACUGUUUGUUUUAAUUCCGCACUCUGGAUUAUAUCCGAGUUUCAUGUUUCUCAGGGCUAAAUUGUAGGAUAUUAAGUCAUUUCUCUUUCGUUCGUUAAAAUUUAAUAUUUAAAACCCAAUUAUAAUUGUGUUUAAAAUUUAGACUUGUACAAUGUUGAAUUUUAGUGGUGAUUAUUUUCAAGAUGUACGAGAAGAAACAACUUAAUAAGACAUGCAAUAAAUAUUCCUAUAAGUUGCUUUCUUUCUAUCGGUGAUUUAAUAGUUCUGCAAUCAAUGGAUUCUGUAGCAAAAAUGCGUUGGUAUUGUUAUCAAGGCUUAAAAAUAACCAAUAGUAUUUUACCUUCAAAAUCACUUGUUAAACGACAUGUCUAGUUAUAGAUAACAAAAAAAAAAAAAAGUUUUUUAUUCAGUUCCGUUUAAAAUAACUUAUGGCGACUUCUUUAUAUAGUAGGAUUGGCCGUGCUUCGGAGCACGGAACGGAGUUGGUCAGCUGUUCACCUGAGCUGAGGUUGUGGAACUGUUUCACUCUUUCCUAACUGAUAUAAUUUGUAAAACUUGACUUGACAAAAUAAUUAACAACCAGUCAUUAAUCUUAAGUGUGUAUUGAUAUAAUAUUCAAAAACAAUAUAAAAGUAAAAUAUAUAUAUAUAUAUAUUUAUUACGUGUCUAAAAGGCUAUUUAUUUAUAUAUUGGUAAAUUAAUAACAAUCAAUAUGAUGCAGGCCUUCCUAAAAUCGGAGCUCAAAUAUAUUAAGCCUAAUUGCAUGGGAAAUUAUUUUUCCAUAAGCGAAUUAUAUUACUUACUACCUUAGGAAUCCGUGUUUACAGUUUCAAUUGUACUGUUAUCUCUCCAAGGGAUUACAACAACAAUAAAGUAUUUUGACAAGUUA